GUAGCCAUUUAGAUUCUUUGGAACACACAUCUUUGUCAAGUGCAGGUGUGACUUUUGAUGCUUCACGUCACCAUCAAGUAAUCAUCACCAACCCCAAUACCAUCAGAAAUAACUCUCACAGAGCCACUCCUACAGACCAAAGCGGACAAAAUAAUGAAGCUGGGUCAGAACUGUUAAUUCCUAUGACUGUUACAAUACAUGAACAAUGCCCCGUUAAUUGCCAAAGUGAUAAUCUCAACCCCCCUCCUGGUAGAGAAGGUUCUGAUGAGGGAAAUGGGCUGUGUGCAAAUGACGAUCAUGUGAUAAGCACGCCCACAGGUAUUAACGUUGUUAAUAGUAACAUUAAAACUGCAAGAAAUACUGUAACUUCAUCAGAAAGGGACCAGACUUUGAUAGUGACUACUGAAUCAGCUACAGGGGAGAAUUCUGUGAAAAUAAAUUUGAUUCAGAGUUCAGCUGUAAUAGAAGGAUCGACAUCAGUGUUACCCAGCAUGCUUAGGACACAUCCAACAAUCUUACGUUCCCACUUGGGGAACAGAGCUGAAGAAACAAUCAUGCAUCUUCCAGGGGUGCAGUCCUCUCACAAUCCUAUGCAACCUGUGUGCCUGAAGCUGUUCUAUCCACCUCCCUCUGUGUUGCCAGACAGCAGGGCUAGCCUACAAGAAGAACCCCAUGAAUGCCGCUGGGCAGGGUGCAAGAAAAAUGUAGACAGGUUGGACGAGUUAGUUAAUCAUGUUAAUGAUGAUCAUGUUAGAGCUGACAGGGAUACAGAUAAUGACUACAAGUGUCGAUGGGAAGGAUGCCCAAGGAAGGGAAAAGGCUUCAAUGCCAGGUACAAGAUGUUGAUCCAUGUCCGCACACACACAAAUGAAAAGCCACAUAAAUGCCACCUGUGUGGAAAGAGCUUUUCAAGAGUGGAGAAUCUCAAGAUCCAUAAUAGAUCUCAUACAGUUGAGACUAUAGUUUCUGUAGCUGUAAACCCAACACUGGNAUACUAUUGUAAAUAUCCCAGCUGCAACAAACGUUACACUGACCCAAGCUCCCUGAGGAAGCACAUUAAAACAAACUCCCACUAUUUCCGAGGUGGAGACAUUGUUAACAAUCACCAUACUUCAAAUAUCCCCCCUCAUCACCCAAUGCCAAAAAUGAUGGAUAACCAUCAGUCCAUGUUACUGCCAACAGUGUUCCCCCAUCAUCCAGCAGCAGGUUUGCCUGUGAGUUAUGGGGGUGGAGGUGGAAAUGGGCUUCUGAAUCCCACCGCUUCUCUGCCUGCCCAUCAUGUUAUCUCCAUCCAAAGCAGUAUGUUACCUUUGUCCACCUUAGCGUCCAACCCAUUGCUCUCCUCGGCAGUCAUCGCUCUCUCGGGACCUGUCACUCAGUCAAUCUCCACUCAGACAGAUCGUAUGGUGUCCUCCACCGACAGCAACACAUCUGAAUCGCCUAAGAACCUGUCCACUGAUACAGAGAUGUUAGAUGAGGAUGUGGAUGAGACCAAGUGCCAGGACACUCCUUUGGAUCUGUCCACAAGCCCUAUUCUUGCUCAUGACAGUAACCAUGGUGACAGUAACCAUAGCGACCCAGUGGGGUCUGGGUACAGCUCCAAGUGGGAGUUGAUCAACACAGACUGAGAUCAACUUGAUUGUAAACACAUGAUUUAGAGAAAACAGUUAAGCAGAAUCUCCUUUCAGAUUAAUUGAAAUUGCUUCAAAUUUUAAGCCCCAUAAAGCCUGAAUUUGGGUUUUGAUGCAAAUUGUUUCAGGGGAAAACAAAACUGAUACUUGAACUGCUCUGAAUUGAGUUUGCUGUCACAACUUUUGGUUGGUCUACAUGUAGAAAACUAAGAAACUGUUUUUUUUUUCUAAUAAGAAAAGUUCCAGUUCAAGUUUGUCUGUGGUUUGUAAAGGUUAUGUAUUUAUAUUUUUCAUCCUUAGAAUUGUUUCCUUUGCACUGUAUCAUGAUAGAAGGUAGCAGUAACUUUCUAUCUUCGGAAUCGCAUAGAUCUGAUGAUUUUUUCAGCCAUAGGAUGCUGGAAAAUCACUUAAAAGGACCAGGAAUAAUUAUCAUGUGUAGGACAGAAGAGUUUCAAUUAAUUAAAGAUUCAGUUGAUAUUUUAAUGUGAAAACAGAAGCAUUAGUAUGCCAUAAUUGGAAAAGGAAUUCUUCAUCAAUUUUAAUUUAUGAUUUUGUGAUUGCUGUAAAGAUGUCAGUAUAUGCAUUUACCCAGUCACGUAUUGCUUAUAUUAAGUAGUUCUAUUCACAUAAUGCACAUGUCAUGUUGCAAAUAUAACCUGUUGUAAGCUGAACUUCAUGCCGUCUUGUCAUCUUAUUCUGCUGUAUGUCUAUACAUUUCACA